AUGCAGGUGAUUAUGUCGAGGACCUAUUUGCCCAUUAGCCAAAUCACUGAUGAAACGUGCCACUGGACUGCAUUCAUUCAAGUCGUUGAAAGAGCGCCGAUUCAAACAAGCAAAAGUAAUCCGCAGGUGCUCUAUCGAAGAUACUUAUUCACUGAUGGAGAGGUUUGUAAAUGCCUUAUGCUUUUGUCUGCCUCAAUCAGAUACACUAAAACUUGUUGGGUCGCUAGCAAGCUAAAAUAUUUAGGGGACAAAAGAUCUUUAUGGACAGCUACUUGCAACAAUUGCCGCAAAAAUUACGAUGUUCCUCCAAAUACACCAGUGAAAUGUCGCAGUUGCAGGGAAGAUACCCUUGUUCAAGUAAGGUGUCGAUUGCCAGUUGCAAUUGAAGACGCAACCGGAAACAUACAUGCAAUGUUGUAUGAUUCAGAUGCUGAGCGAGUAAUUCCAUUUAAUGGGACUGAAUUAUAUGAAGCCGAACAACAGGGGGUAGAUUUGACAGGUCAAAUUACAGCAGGAAUGAAUGAACAUCGUGUGGUUUGCUUCAUCAAACACUACGAAUCGACUCACCACACCGUCCUAAAGCUUUAUACAGUUGAUGCCAUGCAAGCAGACAAAAAUUUCCUCGAACCUAAGCACCUGGCAGAACAAGCAUCAGCCUCAGCUUCAAUCAAGAUACCAGACAAAGAGCUCUUCAGUCCAACACUCAAAAACGUUCUGACCUCCCUCACUCCAGCACGCGAAAAACCUGCACCACUUGCAUCCUCGGAACCGGCAGUCAAAAAACGCAUCAACUUCAACAACCAACAAUCCUCCACCACAGGAAGCAGCACCCCAUUCACACAAAUUCCUGAAACAUCCACCCAAACAGCUCAGCAAACCACCCCAGCAUGUGAUACAACCCCGACAAAGAAAAGUCGUCCAAAAAUGGACUAA